GAGAUAAGAGAGAGAGGAGGAAAAAGGAGAGAGGAGAAGGAAGGAAGAAGAAGGAAGGAAGGGGACAAUACAAUCAUGCUGUGCUGUAUGAGAAGAACAAAACAGGUUGAAAAAAACGAUGACGUUGACCAAAAGAUUGAGCAAGAUGGCAUCAAACCAGAAGAUAAAGCUCAUAAGGCAGCCACCAAAAUCCAGGCCAGCUUCCGCGGACACAUAACAAGGAAAAAGCUCAAGGGGGAGAAGAAGGGAGAUCUCCAAGCGGCCAAUGCUGAGGCUGCUGAGAAGAAGGAUGAGGCCCCGUCUGAUGGUGUGGCAGAGAACAAAGAGAACGACGCUCCUGCUGCCACAGAAGCUGCUCCAUCUGACAGCGCCCCGCCUGCAGAGGGCAGCAAAGAUGGCUGUGCUCCCUCGGAGGAGAAGCAGGGGGAAGGCACUGCUGAUGCUGGCUUAGAGCAGCCAGCUCUGCAAGCAGCCACUCCCGCCUCCUCCUCAGAGGACAAGCCCGCUCCCACUGCCACCGAAACGGAAAGUGCCACUAAAGCUUCCACUGAUAACUCGCCGUCCUUGAAGGCUGACGAAGCCCAAGACAAAGAGGAGCCUAAACAAGCCGAUGUGCCUGCUGCUGUCACCACCACUGCUGCAGAGGAUGCUACUGCCAAGGCAAUAGCACAAACGGAGACGGCGGAGAGCAGCCAAACUGAAGAGAAGACAGAUGCUGUAGAAGAAACCAAACCUACUGAAAGUGCCCAGCAGGAAGAGGUGAAAGAAGAUGAGAACAAGGCUGACCAAGAAAAUGCCUGAACAUUAAGAAAUGACUCCCUGUUGCCCCUCCUUCCCCUUUCCUGUAUCCUUCUUCCUGUACCCACCCCCAAUCUUGAUUCCCACCUCUUGCUCGCCCCUGUGGGCCUGUCCGUCCCUCCCGCAUCCCACUUAAACCCUUUUUCUCUCUGUGUGGCAAACAUUUAAAGAAAAAAA